CGUCAGUUCUCCUUUCAUCACGCAUGUCACAACCAGGUCGGAUUUCAUCAAACCAAGUUUCGCAUGGACAGUACCAAAAGCAAUUAAUCAGUGAGAUUCGAUCAAGCAGAGGUUUCGCGGUUGUUGUGGCUUCCUCACGCCCUGUUUUCCUCCGAGAAAACCACGAAAACAACACGCGCACGGGAGAACCGGAGAUCCCUAACCUUCUGCCCGUCCACUCCUUGCCAACCCAGUCAUAGUUGUCGGAGAUGGCAUCGAAUGAAGACUGUGCGUCGGUGCUGGAGCAAUUCAUUCACGAUGCGGCCAAUCUACCGGCCGAGAUCACCCAUAUGAUGGAAGAAAUCCAAGCCAAGGACAAAGACUUGCAGAAACACUUGUCCGUCAUUAACCAGAAGGACACCAACAUACAAAAGCAUCUCAGAAUCAACGGAGUUCUCGCCCCACAUCCAAAGGAGAACGAGUACGUCGAUCUAGUCAAGAAGAACUACGAGCUAUGCCAUGGACUCCAGGACCAGAAAGUCGCACUGAGCGAAAAGGCCUGCAGUCUCUUGGAGCGGCAGGUCAGGAAGCUAGAUAUGAAGAUUAGGGAACUGCAGAACGACGGGCAACUCCUCGACGGCCCGCCCUUGCCGAGUGUUUUCAACCGCAAGGCUGAGACACAAAAGCCCUUCAUUGACUUACCCACCAAUCUCCCUCUACAAAACGCGUCAAUCAGCGCUCUCAACGCCAACGCACACAGGAUCAACGCACACAUCUCUGCGACUAUGCAGCAAGCCCAAACCAGGCAGCUGCCACAGAUUACAACUGGAAGCACACCUGUUCAGCGAAGCUCUGCACCAGCAACACCUGCGUCUGCCGUUCAGCAACAGCGUCAACGAGAGCGGGAACAUUCUCUGGGUGCUGAGAACAAGCGGCGGAAACUGGGAGGUCCACUUCCGGGCACCACCCUACCGGCCCAGCCGUCAAGUCUCCGGCAAUCCUCACUUGGCCCAGGCACUCCAAAGGCAGGUACCCCUACAGGGACAGGUACAAGCCGUGCUGGCAGCAUGCCUCGAUCCACAGGAGCACAGCAAUCAGCUGUGCCUCCUAAGAAGUCAGGCCUCUCCAAGAAAGUCAUCUCACAUCAGCAAGUCAAUAAGCUCAAGCAAAAGAGCGCGACCAAGGGAAGAUUAUCUGCUGGGCGCAAAAAGGGUCAGUCGCCCUCAGUACGAGGAGGCCGUGGCGGCACGGCAGCCUCGGAAGAUGCAGAUUCUGUGUUGUCAUCCGCAGAUGCCUCCGAAACCGACGCCUCGCAAUCGAGGGGACGGCGAGGCAACAAGAAGCAGCAACAAGCUGCAUCAGAGGAGCCUGACGCUGAUAUGGGCGAGGAAGAAGAAAUGGAAGAUGAAGAAGGAGAAGACGACAAGCGCUACUGUUUCUGCAACCAGCGCAGUUACGGGGAAAUGGUGGCUUGUGAAAAUGAUGACUGCCCCUAUCAAUGGUUCCACACGGGGUGCUUGAACAUGAAGAAAGUUCCAGAUGAGGAUGAAGACUGGUACUGUCCGACCUGUAGGGAGAAGCCAGAGAUAAUUGAAAAGGUCAAGAUGAAGAAGAAAACUGGCAGGAAAUAGGUGAAACCUCGCUAUCUUGGAAAGAUACCCUUCCGGGAAGCAGGCACCACAACUGUGGGCCGGUGUCAUGCGCAAUACUGUGAUGUUUUCCCUGUGUUCUACACCCUUUCGCUGUGCUCCGUAUGGCCUGCCAUUAGAUGCAAGACGAUCAGAUCUAAUGCCUACCUCCAAUCCGGCAUCCUUCAACUGCAGCACAGUAUGCGAUUGGUUGUACAGAGAGCAGUGCUUAUGGCCGUGCAACCAAAAGAUCGCGAGACCAUAUUGCGCAAUUAGUGGCCUUGGGGAACCCACGGAUGGCACCUUGUAGUACGGGUCAACAACCAUUUG